AUGAUUGCGGUUUAUAGUAAAAGUGGGCGUUUUGGAGAUGCUUGCAAGUUGUUUCAUGAAAUGCCUGACAGAGAUAUUGUUUCUUGGACAGCAAUGAUUUCGGCUUACGUUCGUGAAGACAAUUUUUUCGGGGCUUUUAGAUUGUUUGGGAAAAUGCAAAAUGAGGUGGAACCCAAUGCAGUGACAAUGUUAGGCCUGCUGCAAGGAUGUCCUAGUAUGGUCGAAGGGAGACAACUUCAUGGAUAUAUCAUUAAAAAUGGGUUAUUGCAUGAUCGCUCUGUGGAAAAUUCGCUGUUGAAUAUGUAUAGUCACGUUGAUAGUGUUUCUGAUGCUGAAAUUCUUUUUGGAGAAAUAGAUAAAAGGGAUGUAGUUACUUGGAAUAUAAUGUUGUCAUUGUACACUUAUAAAGGAGAUAUUACGAGGAUGAUUGGUUGUUUUCGACAAAUGUCUGGUGAAGUAGAUCCUAGCUGCGAGACGUUGACUGUGUUUGUUUCAGGGUUAGCAGAAUGUGGAUAUCUAUUUGAAGGUAGACAAAUACAUUGUCUAGCUUUGAAGAAGGGACUUUUUGAUGAUAAAUUGAGGGCUUGUUUGUUGGAUUUCUAUGCAAAGCAUCGGGAGGUGGAUAUAUCUGCUAAGCUAUUUGAAGAAGUUCAUUACAGAAACUCUAUCACUUGGAAUACUAUGAUGCUGGGGUUUAUUGAAAAUGGGCUGUUUAAAGAGUGUAUUGCAUUGUUUAAGCAAAUGCUACUUGUAGGUGUUCGGCCAGGUGCUGAAAUACUGAGAACUCUUAUUCUUGCUUAUACCCACAUGGGGGCAGUACAAUUGGGCAAAGGGAUACAUGGAUACAUUAUAAGGAAGUCAUUUGUUGAGUCUGGUGCUGCUAUAACGGCCUUGGAAACUUCUAUCUUAAAUAUGUAUCUUAGAUGUGGAAGUCUUUCUGCUGCAGGCGUUUGCUUUGACAGAAUGGUAGGUAAAGACCUUGUGGCAUGGACAUCAAUGAUUGAGGGCUAUGGAAUGCAUGGAUUGGGUUUUCAAGCAUUAGAACUAUUUCAGAAAAUGGUGGAGGAAGGAUUAAAGCCGAACGACAUGACCUUCUUAAGCAUACUAUCUGCUUGUAGCCAUUCCGGCCUAUUAAGUGAAGGCUGCCAGAUUUUAUAUUGCAUGAGAUCAAAAUUUUCUGUUGAACCUAAUUUGAACCAUUACACCUGCAUUAUCGAUAUGUUAGAUGGUCGGAUUUUUGGUGCACUUCUAGCCGCCUCUAGAGUUUACAUGGACAAAAAAGUUGCUGACUAUGCAGCAAAUAGGCUCCUGGAAUUAGAACCUGAUAAUGCUGGAUACCACACCCUUAUCAGCAAUGUAAAAGCAAGUGCAGAGAAGUGGUUUGAAGUUGAAGAUUUCAGGAGCACAAUAAAAUCCAAAGAUUUGAUGAAGCUACCUGGUUGGAGCUGCAUAGAAGCAAAGGGGUUUCUUCACGGUUUUGUCUCAGGAGACAGAUCACAUCCUUAUGCGGAUUGCAUCCAGCAGACGUUAGAAAUCUUGAACAGAACCAUGCAAGAUGUGCUUAUGUAG